UCCCUAUCAUGUGCAUGACAGCUCAGAGGAGAGCAGGAGGACCACGACGCGCAGGGACAGUACUCAAUCUCCCACCUUAUUUUUUGUCAGCUAAUCACAUUCAUAUACACUGAGAGGAAAAGCUGUGUAUGUUUUGAAAUAUUGGCGAUCAUCGGUUGACAGCGCUCUCGCUCGGAGGAUUCAUCCCGGGAUAUUGAAUGGAAGCGGCGGCUGAAGGGGCGGCCAGCCUGUCUGAGGCCGGGGAUGGGAGUCCGUUAUCCGGGGCUGCAGCAUCCGAGGACGCGGGGACGGCGGACGGCAUGGACUGGGACUCUACAUCGAAAAAGGCUUUCAUAACAGAGAUGCCUUCAUCGUCAGGCCAGCCAGCCCAUGGGAAGAAGAUCGGACACAGAGGAGUGGACGCUUCUGGAGAAACCACGUAUAAGAAGACCACAUCUUCAGCACUCAAGGGGGCCAUUCAGCUAGGGAUUGGCUACACGGUUGGCAACUUGAGUUCCAAGCCUGAGCGGGACGUCCUCAUGCAGGAUUUCUAUGUGGUGGAGAGCAUCUUUUUCCCCAGUGAAGGGAGCAACUUGACGCCAGCCCAUCAUUUCCCAGACUUCCGUUUCAAAACCUAUGCUCCUGUCGCCUUCCGUUACUUCAGAGAGCUCUUCGGGAUACGGCCGGAUGACUAUUUGUAUUCGCUCUGUAACGAACCACUGAUCGAGUUGUCCAAUCCUGGAGCCAGUGGCUCAGUCUUUUACGUCACGAAGGAUGAUGAGUUCAUUAUUAAGACAGUCUUGCACAAGGAGGCAGAGUUUUUGCAGAAGCUUCUUCCUGGAUAUUACAUGAACUUGAAUCAGAAUCCUCGCACCUUAUUGCCCAAGUUCUUCGGGCUGUACUGCGUACAAUCAGGUGGGAAGAACAUUCGGAUGGUGGUCAUGAACAACGUUCUGCCCAGGGUGGUGCGCAUGCACCUCAAAUACGACCUGAAGGGGUCCACGUACAAGCGACGGGCCUCUAAAAAAGAGCGGGAAAAGGCGAAGCCCACUUUCAAAGACCUUGAUUUCAUGCAGGACAUACAAGAGGGUCUCAUGCUGGAUACAGACACAUACAGCGCCCUGGUCAAGACGUUACAGAGAGACUGUUUGGUCUUGGAAAGCUUUAAGAUUAUGGAUUAUAGUUUGCUGCUGGGAGUUCACAACAUCGAUCAGGCGGAGAAAGAGCAGCAGAUGGAGGGAUCUCAGGGCAACAGUGAUGAAAAGAGGCCGCUGGCACAGAAAGCGCUCUACUCCACUGCCAUGGAGUCCAUUCAGGGAGCGUCGGCCUGUGGAGAAGAGAUUGACACUGAGGACACGAUGGGCGGUAUUCCUGCAGUCAAUGGAAAAGGAGAGCGUCUGUUACUCUACAUUGGAAUAAUUGACAUCUUGCAGUCUUACAGGUUAAUAAAGAAAUUGGAGCAUACGUGGAAGGCUCUAGUCCAUGAUGGGGACACAGUGUCUGUUCACAGACCGUCUUUCUAUGCAGACAGGUUCUUCAGAUUCAUGAGCACUACUGUAUUCAGAAAGACUUCCUGUGAAAUGCAGGAUGAGGACCAGCAAACCAUCACAGUGGAGGUGGAAGUGGAGGGACGAUAUGACAGUGAACCCACCCUCACGGCUCCCCAGGUAUCGCCGGAGAUCAGUGAAGCUGCAGAGACGUUUCUAGAAGCCUCGUCGUCCUCCAUCCCGGCGAGCCCCAGGAUAGUGGUAGAAUCUGACGGUGGCAGUCAGGCCUCAGGCUGUACGAGCCGAGCCUCUGUGGAUGAGGAUGAGGAUGUGCCAAUUACAGACAUUUAUUUUUUCUCUGAUGGCAGCGUCUGUGUUUGUCAGCCCGUCACACACAGAAGAAGGCACGCUCCUCCAGAAGACAAAAGCUGGGUAUAUUCUCCUCUGCACUUCAGCUCAGGGCCUAAAACCCUGCCAGAGGAUGAAGGGGAGAGUGAAACAUAAUCAGACCUCAGGAAAGAGGGGCAGCUACAAAGGUUCAGACUCUUCAGAUGUCCGGAAGCUCUACUGGUCGGACUUUUUCGCAACUUAAGCAUCAUUUUCAUCGUCCUUUCACCCAUUCCAUAAACAACACCAAGCAAGUAGUAAUACCAAUGUCCAGACUUAUUUAUGAGUAAUAAUGAAAAUAUUUAUGUUUAAUUAUUUUUUUAUUGUUUUGUGUUUCAUUUAUUGUCUAAUGUACAUACUGUGAACGUAUUUUCCGAUUUGAGCUCUGGGACUCAAAAGACUUUUCCCAAGAGUGGGUUGUAGGUUAUUAUU